AAAGUAGCAUUAUAAACGUUUCAAAAGUGUAAAUUAUAAAAUCUGAAUUACUGAUUUUACAUUUUGAUUAAUGUCAAUUUGGAUCAGAUUGAAUUUCGUUUUUCUACGACGAGUCAACACAGUGAAUUUAUUUUAUUGAAAGAACUACAACAAUCUCAGUGCUUAUAUUAUUCAAUUAUCAAUCUAAAAUAUAUCGAUAUUAUAGUUGAAUUGAUUUCCAUUACAUCGAAAUUUGUUUUCCUUUUACGAAUCAAUCAAGUGAACCUUUUUUCUUAUUUUAAUAAAUUUCGAAGAAAACCGCUGGUAACUUUCUGAAACAAAGCAUAACUGGUCAAAACAUUAUUGAUUCUUUUCAAAAUUUUACCAUGAUUGGAUUGAAGGAAUUAAUUGUGUUAUUUCUGUUUAUAAGUACCGCAAUUGUUGAGCCUUCAACAAUUGUAGCGGAUGGCGUCGAGUUUACAAUUAUAAAUGGAAGGAAAGUUUCCAUUGAAAGCAACCCGUGGCGGGUAUUGAAUUAUAUUUGUGGAUUUGUUCACAAAACACAAAAGUAGCGAUAAACUACAUGAAAGUACCAUUAGUCGACCAUGAUUUUCGUGGUGGUGGAGUAAUAAUAGGACAAAAGUGGAUUCUAUCAGCCGCUCAUAUAUUCGAUGAUAUUAAUUUCUUCAACGAUUGGAAGUUUUGCUUCUUCGUUCGCAUGGGUACACCUGAAGCUACGUUGUGGGGAUCAAAGUACAAUAUUGAUACCAUUGAAUUACAUAAAGGAUACGUCAAAGAUACAAAUAAGGAUGACAUCGCCAUAUUAAAGUUGUCAAGCGAAAUUGAUUACAGCGCUUCUACUAAACCAAUAAAAAUGGCCACUUCAGCUUACAAGAUUCCCUUGGGCAUUUUAGUUUCCACAAGUGGAUUUGGACAAACUUGUUUUGAUUGUGAUAAUUCUCCUGAUUUGUUAGAGACAGAGAUGACCACCAUAGCAUGUAAACCGCAGGACAUAACUAAGAUUUGUACGAAAGAUCCAAUUCAUGAAUCAACUAGGAGAUUCCGGUGGACCUCUCGUUCUUAAACAUUAUGAAAAGGAACCAAUAUUAUUAGGAACAGUAGUUUCUGGCGAUAAAUGCAAAGUAAAUGAAUCGUCUUCAUUUACAUCUUUACCAUACUAUCGAGAUUGGAUAUAUGAUGUGACUGGAAUUUAAGGCGUUUGACAUAAAUCUUGAUUUCUCAUUUUCGCAUUUUUUUCUAGCAAAUUAACAAUUAAGGAAUUAUUAUUAAAUAAUUCUUUAAGGAAUUUGUUAAAUAAAACGAACCAAAUUGUUAAUUUGCUAGAAAAAACGCGAAAAUGAGAAAUCAAGACUUAUGCACAUAUUUAUAAACAUAAAGCUACAAGUUAAGAAAAUUUCCAAUGUAAAGUCAGUUGGCCAAGGUCAUAUAGACUGUUAUAGAAUUCCAAUCAAUUACUGUAGUAAAUCAAUGCAAAAUUUAAUCAA